AUCUUCCAUUACUGCACUGCUUUUGUCAACUCAACUGAGAGAGAAGUCACGCUGUUCAGUGUUCCCUCACUGCAUCUGCGCUCUCCAUAGCUCUACCUUCGCGCCCGCUCCAAGGCGUCCGCAUGGUCCUAAACCACCCGCUGAACUUCGAGAACAAACACACUCUCUUUUCUCUCCAAUCUGAGAAAGAUUGACAGCGCUCUGAAUAAAUGAGGAUGGGGAGGAGGGGCUAUUAAGGGUGGCCAGUCAUACUUUAUAUACCUGGCCAGAUAAAUAAUUAUCUUCAAGUGAUUAUCACUGAAGUGAAAGAAGAGAGCCAACAGAGACACAACUAGAGGCCAACACACGGUCAGUUACCAUUGUGAGAGACAGAGAAAGAGAGGUCGAGGUAGUACACUUCUUGUUGAGACUUUUCACUCAUAACUCACAGGACCCAGCAUCCUAGCUGAGUCCAGACUGGAGCCAUGUCUCCAGAGAAGGAAAGCAAUGGUCUCGAAAAUGACACAUUUGCUAUUCAUGGGCAUUUCUGUGAGCUGGAGAAUGAUGGAGAGGGCUCCGGCCUCUCUGAGGAGGAUGACAAGAACAAGCUGUCCUACUGUGUCACAGAUGUCCCAGCCUGGUACCUAUGCAUAAUCCUGGGCAUCCAGCAUUUACUGACAGCGUUUGGGGGGAUAAUCGCCAUCCCUCUGAUCCUGUCUCAGGGUCUGUGUCUGCAGCACGAUGGCCUGACCCAGGGUCACCUCAUCAGCACCAUCUUCUUUGUGUCAGGCGUGUGCACCCUGCUGCAGGUCACCUUCGGAAUCAGACUGCCCAUUGUUCAGGGGGGUACCUUUGCCUUUCUAGCUCCCUCCAUGGCUAUGCUGUCAAUGCCAGAGUGGACAUGCCCUGCCUGGACCCAGAACGCUUCCUUGGUCAACACCACCUCUCCUGAGUACAUAGAUGUGUGGCAGAGCCGCAUGCGAGAGCUGCAGGGCUCCAUCAUGGUGGGCUCUUUGUUCCAGGUGCUGGUGGGUUUCUCUGGCCUCAUCGGUUUCUUCAUGCGUUUUAUUGGCCCCCUCACCAUCGCACCCACCAUCUCUCUGAUUGGCCUGUCCCUGUAUGACUCGGCUGGAAUGAGCGCAGGGAACCACUGGGGCAUCUCCACUAUGACGACUGCUCUGAUCAUCCUGUUCUCCCAGUACCUCCGACACAUCCCUGUACCAUUCCCCACAUACAACAAGACCAAAAAAUUCCACACCUCCAGGAUCUACAUCUUCCAGCUUCUACCUGUGCUCCUUGGCAUCACACUGUCAUGGCUGAUCUGUUACAUCUUCACCAUCUCUAAUGUCCUGCCCUCAGAGCCGGAGCAGUACGGCUACCUGGCUCGCACAGACCUGAAGGGGGAUGUCAUAGGCCAGGCCCCCUGGUUCAGAUUCCCAUAUCCAGGUCAGUGGGGUUUGCCAACUGUGAGCCUGGCGGGAGUGGUAGGGAUCUUGGCUGGGGUGUUAUCCUCCAUGAUAGAGUCGGUGGGGGACUACCAUGCCUGUGCCAGGCUAUCAGGGGCCCCUCCACCCCCUAAGCAUGCCAUCAACAGAGGCAUUGGCAUUGAGGGGAUUGGCUGUCUGCUGGCUGGGGCCUGGGGCACGGGCAACGGAACCACCUCCUAUAGUGAGAAUGUGGGUGCACUGGGCAUCACCAAGGUGGGCAGUCGCAUGGUGAUCGUUGCUGGUGGGGUAUUGAUGAUCAUCAUGGGACUUUUCUGUAAAAUUGGAGCCAUUUUCACCACCAUCCCCACACCUGUGAUUGGAGGAAUGUUCUUGGUCAUGUUUGGGGUCAUUUCUGCAGCUGGAGUUUCAAAUCUGCAGUAUGCAGACAUGAACUCCUCCCGGAACGUGUUUAUCUUUGGAUUUUCCAUGUUUACCGGGCUUGUCAUUCCAAACUGGAUAUUCAAGAACCCGGAUGCCAUAGCAACAGGUGUGGUCGAGCUGGACCAACUGCUGCAGGUGCUUCUAACAACCAGCAUGUUUAUUGGAGGCUUCUUUGGGUUCUUCCUUGACAACACCAUUCCAGGCACCCUGCGGGAGCGGGGCAUCAUAGACUGGAACAAGAUCCCCCUUGAUGACUCCAGCAACACUUUGGAGAGCAGUGAGGUGUACAACCUUCCAUUUGGAAUUAGCUCUUGUCUCUCCUCCUUCUCCUGGGUUCGAUAUGUGCCGUUCCUCCCUCCAAAUCCACCAAGCUCACAGGACGAGGCCAAGGUGGACUCUUUGGCGACCAAGCAGCAGCCUGUGAAGCCAGAGCUUAUCAGAUCAGUGGCCCUAUGAACACUUUCCAGGACCAGACACGGGCUAAAACAACAACAAUACGAGAGGCAGCUCCUUUGACAUGGUCCUCCCGUUCUGUUCUAUUUUGUCUAAUAUUUUAUACUCAUAUCUUGUAAAGAUUUGAUUAUGCAUUUUCUAAAUGAACUUUUGGCAGGAAUAGUUUUGGCAUUUGUGUGUGUAAAUACAUUUUUGUUGUGAUGCAUCUUUUU